AUGAAUGGUGAAUCAAGUAUUCAAGAAUAUUGUCGAUAUAGAGAUGCACAUUAUCGUGAAUCAAUAAAAAAUCAAAAUUUACAAAUUCCUUGUUAUUUACAAAUAACAAAACGAAAUGAGAAUGAAUAUUCAAGAUAUAGAAAUUCUAAUUCUUCAAGAGAAAGAUCAAUUAAUCGAACUAAUACACGUUUAAAAACUCAUUAUAAAUGUCGAUCAUUAGUUUAUGAUAAUGAAGCUAAACGUUUUUCUGUUCCUGAUGAUAAAGUAUCCUGGAAUGUUGACUUUCCAGAUUAUAAACCUAUUGAAUAUACAACUACUAAAAUUCAACGUAAUCCAAAAGCUGAUCCAUGUGAUUCAUCGAAAAUUAUUAAAUUUAAUCAAAUUGAUAAUAAAAUUGAUCGACGAAGUUUUACUGGUUUUUAUUAUAUUGAUCCAAUAACUCAACGACCAAGAAAUCCAAUAGGAAGAACAGGAAUGACUGGUCGAGGUCGUCUAUAUUAUUGGGGUCCUAAUCAUGCUGGUGAUCCAGUUGUUACACGUUGGAAACGUGAUGAAAAGGGUUCAAUAAUUUAUCGUCGAAUUAAUGCACAUAAUCAUUUAAAACCUGUUCUUGAAUUUGUUGCUAUUCGACGACGUGAUACAAAAGAAUGGGCUUUACCUGGAGGUAUGGUCGAUCCAGGUGAAAAUGUUUCAAAUACAGUAAUGCGUGAAUUUCAAGAAGAAGCAUUACGUGAUGGUAUUGAUAAUAAUCAAAUAAAACGAUUAUUUUCAAAUGGUUAUAAAUUAUAUGAAUCAUAUGUUGAUGAUCCUCGAAAUACAGAUAAUGCUUGGAUGGAAACAGUUGCUAUGCAUUUUCAUGAUGAAACAGGUCAAUUAACUGAUCAACUUGAUUUACAUGCUGGUGAUGAUGCUGAGAAAGUUGUUUGGUGUAUUGCUGAUCAUACACUUGAUUUAUAUGCUUCACAUAAAGAUUUUCUUAAAGCAGCUGUUGAUCGUGUUGAUGCAUUUUGGUAA